AUGCGUUCCUUCACCACUUUGUUUCUGGCCCUCGCCAGCUUCGUCCUGGCCGUGCAAGCGGCCUAUUGGAUGGAAUCAAUCCCCCACCAGGGUCUCGCUCCAUAUGCUGGAAGUGGAUAUUCUGUGUUCAGGAACGUGAAGGACUAUGGCGCCCGCGGUGACGGUGUUACGGACGACACAGCUGCCAUCAAUGCCGCUAUCACGGCUGGCGGGAACCGUUGUGGGAAAGGAUGUGCUUCUUCUACUAUCACACCGGCGGUGGUUUACUUCCCAGCCGGAACAUAUCUCAUCUCUUCUUCCAUCAUCCCUUAUUACUUUACCAUGCUCAUCGGUGAUGCCACCAGUCCUCCGACACUCAAAGCCACUGCCAACUUCGCAGGGUUUGGUUUGAUUGAUGGCAACCCCUACUGGUCGUCGGAUCUAAAUUGGGUCUCCGUAAACAACUUUUACCGCCAGAUUCGUAACCUUGUCAUCGACACGACGAAUGUUGCCCCGGGGACAGCCUGCACUGGUAUCCACUGGCCAACUUCUCAGGCUACAAGUCUGCAAAAUGUAGUUUUCAACAUGCCCACGGCCUCCGGCGUUGUGCAUGUUGGUCUGUUCAUCGAGUCCGGAAGUGGUGGGUUCUUGUCCGACCUCACCUUCAAUGGCGGUGCGACAGGUGCUUCCAUGGGUAACCAACAGUACACUAUGCGAAACCUGGUCUUCAACAACUGUGGCACUGCAAUCAUUAUGCUCUGGGAUUGGGACUGGACCUUUCAGGGUAUAACCGUCAACAAUUGUGGAACCGGUAUCGACAUGUCAGCUGGUGGAUCGUCUGGCCAGCAGGUCGGCUCCAUCAUCGUGAUCGACAGCACCUUUACGAACGUCCCUGUCGGUAUUCUCACCGCAUACACGGCUUCAGCGACUCCUGACACCGCGGGCAGUCUUAUUUUGGAGAAUAUCAACCUCUCCAAUGUCCCGGUCGUGGUGAGUUCGAGCGGAUCCACUGUCCUGGCCGGCACAACCGGGACGACCACAGUCGCUGCUUGGGGCCAGGGCCACAGCUACACUUUGACCUCGGGCCCGACCGACUUCCAAGGCAUCAUCGCCCCGAACUCACGGCCCGCAACGCUCCUGGGAUCUGGAAAUAAGUACUACACUCAGGCGAAGCCACAGUACGAGUCACUCAGCGCGAGCUCCUUCGUCAGCGUUCGUAGCUCGGGCGCCGUAGGCAACGGCGCGACCGACGACACUGCCGCACUGCAGAGCGCCAUCAACACGGCUGCGGCUGCGGGCAAGGUAGUGUACAUCGACUAUGGCUUGUACCUGAUCACCAGCACGCUCAGCAUCCCGCCCGGCUCGAAGAUCGUGGGCGAGUCUUGGCCCGUUAUCAUGGCCUCGGGCAGCUAUUUCUCCAACAUCAACGCACCGCAGGUAGCCGUGCAGAUCGGCACGAGCGGCCAGGCCGGGUCCGUCGCGCUCAGCGACUUCAUCGUCAGCGGCAAAGGCGCGGUGCCCGGCGCGAUCUUGAUCGAGUAUAACCUCGCCAGUCCCGCGGGUAGCCCGAGUGGUCUUUGGGAUGUGCACACGCGUAUUGGUGGGUACACGGGUUCGGAUUUGCAGGUUGCGCAGUGCAAUAAGACUCCUGGGUCUUCCAGUAUCAACAAUGCGUGUAUUGGCGCUUAUAUGAGCAUGCACGUCACCAAGACGAGCAGUGGGUUGUACAUGGAGAAUGUGUGGCUUUGGACCGCCGACCACGACAUCGACGACGCGUCCAACACGCAGACCAACAUCUACGCAGGACGCGGGUUGCUGAUCGAAUCGACAGCCGGGCCCGUGUGGCUCGUCGGCACGGCAGUGGAGCACCACACGCUGUACAACUACCAGCUCUCGGGCACCACAAACGUCUACGCGUCGCAGCUGCAGACCGAGACGCCCUACUUCCAGCCGACCCCCAACUCGCUGUCACCGUUCGCUCCCAACUCGGCCCUCGGCGAUCCGACCUUCGACUGCACUGGCGUCAGCGGCAACUGCGCCAUGGCGUGGGGCCUGCGGAUCGUUGGGUCGUCUGCCGUAUUCCUGUACGGCGCGAAUCAUUAUUCUUUCUUCGAUGAGUACUCUACGACGUGCUCGACCUUCUCAGCCGGCCAGACCUGCCAGGCGCGCAUCGUCGGCCUCCAAGGCACCAACAGCAACAUCAACGUCUACAACCUCAACACAAUCGGGUCUGUCAGCAUGCUGGACAACUCGGGCACAACGGUGGCAGGAUUCGCGGCCAAUGAGAACGUCUACCCAAGUACUAUCGCUCUGUUCAGGACCGGUUAA